AUCUAAUUAUUAGGAACACGUGAACGGAGAUCCCGGGUGGUUGCUGAGGAAGUCUUCCGACGGGAAACAUGAAUUAUGCUCGUUUCCUCACAGCUGUCAGUGCAGCAAGGAAACCGUCGCCCAUCAGAAUGCUGACCGAGCUGCAGCAGCGCUCGCCCCCGUCGCUGAUUUCGCUGGCCGCAGGUGCGCCCAACCCCAACACGUUCCCCUUUGAGUCGGCCACCAUCAAGGUCAAGAACGGCCCGGACGUCUCCUUCGACCAGGUGUCCAUGAAAAGGGCUCUUCAGUACUCUGCCUCCAGCGGAAUCCCCGAGCUGCUGACGUGGAUGAAGAACCUGCAGAAGAGUCUCCACGACCCGCCGACGGCGUCCUACAGUCCCGAGCGGGGACAGAUGGACUUGUGUGUCACCACAGGGAGCCAGGAGGGACUCUGCAAGGUGUUCGAGAUGCUGGUCAAUCCAGGAGACGACGUCCUGCUGGACUCGCCCACCUACCCCGGAACACUGGCGGCGCUCCAGCCGUUGGGUUGCAACAUCAUCAACGUCCCCAGCGAUCAGCACGGCAUGAUACCGGCGGCCCUCAAGGAGGUCUUGUCCCACUGGGACCCGUCGGACGCUCGCAGGCCCAAGCUGCUCUACACCAUCCCCAACGGGGGGAACCCCACGGGGGCAUCCAUGACGGAGCAGAGGAAGAGGGAAGUCUACGAGCUGGCGAGCUUGUACGACAUGCUGAUCAUCGAGGACGACCCGUACUACUUCCUGCAGUUUGACAAGCCCCGGGCGCCGACCUUCCUCUCCAUGGACGUGGACGGCCGCAUCAUCAGAACCGACUCCUUUUCCAAGAUCCUGUCUUCGGGCUUGAGGAUGGGCUUUGUAACGGGUCCCAAGCCGCUGGUAGAGCGGGUGGUGCUGCACGUCCAGGCCUCCACCAUGCACACCAGCACCUUCACGCAGCUCAUGGUGUCGCAACUGUUGCACAGCUGGGGACAAGAUGGCUUCCUUCAGCACGUAGACGGGGUGAGUGAGUUCUACAGAAAACAGCGCGACGCCAUGAUUAGCUCCGCUCACAAGUGGCUCACAGGUUUGGCCAAAUGGCACAGUCCCUCGGCCGGGAUGUUUCUGUGGAUGGAGCUGAUGGGCGUCAGUGACACCAGGCAGCUUAUCAUGGAGAAGGCCUUGGAGAAAGAGGUGCUGCUGGUCCCAGGCGGCGUGUUCAUGAUCGACAGCGACGAGCCAUGUUCGCAUGUCAGGGCGGCGUAUUCGCUAUCCACGCCGGAACAGAUUGACCUGGCCUUUGGUCGUCUCGCCGCACUCAUCAAAGAGGCCUCGGGAUUUGAGAUGAACUGUCCGCAAAAAUAAUUUAAUUGCAAAUUUUUUCCCCUCAAUCUUGCAAUUGUCAAGAUCUUCUUUUUGUGUCUUUUUUUUUUUUUUUAAUAUACACAAGCAAUAUUUUUUUUUCUGUAUGAUACAAUCUCAGAUUGACAUAAAGUCCAGAGAAACAGA